UCCAACAUCAAGAAACUCAUGGUGCGUUAUCCACUGUGCGGCUAAUCUUGUGCCAGACCGCAUUUUUUGAACACAUUAACCGAGCUUCUGCUCGGUUUGCACUUCCGCAAAUUUGAAUUAAUUUUUUUAUAGCAACAAACUCUUUUAAUUGCAUACAUACUGUACGUAGCUUCUAAAAGCGGAAAUUAAGAAAUUCCGUGCGAAUUUAAUAUCGUUUCUCCAAAGAGAUCUGUCCUGGGCUUAUCAAGAGAUCGUAGUUGAAGCCUUUGUGGUGCUUUGGGUAGCUUGCCAACUGUCGGUGACUUUUGCUUCUCGCAUCCUGCCUAACUGGAGAACAACGAGAAUCGAUCCCAAGAAUGCAACGGGUUUCGAUAGCGUCCUGAAUUAUUUGGAUUACGAUAUCGACGGAUGCUUCUGGACCGCGUGAUCUCUUAUUGACAAGAGUCUUACGAUGAUGCACCAAAUCUUAACAUCCAGAAAUUAGGCUUUGCUUACGUUGGUACAUAUUUGAUCCUGUGUACAACGGCGACCCUCUUCCUGUGGUUUUGCUGUCACCUUUUUGCCAAUCUUCACUGGCGUUUCCCCCAUUACGAAUCGUACCACCUUCCAUUAUGCCCAACAAUCAGCCGGUUUUUUGGCUUUGCUCACAGUGAUUCACCAUACGUUAUCAAUGAAGCACCCGAUGCGGAAGAUCGCUACGAAGCACAACCCAAAGUUAACACUGAGGAGAUCGUCGUCUUCAGUGAAAAUUAUUCGGCUUCUCAACGUGAACAGCGGCCAGCUUAUUAUAACAUUGACAACAUCCCGUACCGAUUGCGUGGACCGCUGAAAUUUGUAUGCGUCCUACUUGUUACGGGGCCGUUAACCUAUCUGGUCACAUUUAUUUGGUGGAUUUUCUCGACGAUAAUAUUAUGGGUGGCUGGAUUUCUCGCACAAACCAUCGUCAUGUAUUGCGGCGAAGUAGCUGUUUUCCCAUGCUGCGUGACUUUUGUAACGGCGCUCACUAUAUACUGCUGCGGAAGAAUGUCGGGACUGUGGCUGCGUGAAAGUUAUUUGUGGUCAUUUUGGAACAGACUCAGGUUGUUAUGCGGUUGCCACCCGCCUCCAUUAAAGCUCCAUGCAAACCCAUGCGGGCUGGUCAUUAAGGAAUCCUCGGCACAUGUUUUCCGAACGGUACAAGUGUGGUUUGGACUACUCUUGUACGGAACCGGCGUUUUCUUCAACGUCGAUCCGCUGUACCAACCUUUUCCGCAAGUUUCUGGUUAUGUGCGACACCCGAUAUCUGCUGCUAUCAGCUGUCCAGUCAAUUCCACAGUCGAUAUACAGACCUCUGUACAGAUGCUGAAACCCGGAGUGGCUAUGGUUUCGUAUUGGGCGGAUGUGAGCAAUGUCUUGGGAAAUACGACCAACGUAACUAUUCCGGAUAUGUCCCCUUUUUUUCCCACAUUUGGAUUCGCUUUUCUGGUCUGGGGUGGAACGCUUUUCUACCUGGCGCUGUUCCCCUGGAUAAUCUUGGUGGUAUGCGUCGUUGUGGGUUACAUCUUUAUGUUUUUUGACCUUUUCGUUUGGGAAACCCCACAACCAUCGCGGGCGAGCCCAGCAAUUACAUUCUGUGCCUGUGCACCGUGGAUCGCAGCCUUGCGUGUUUUGAUCCAUUACAUGAUCGGACCGCUCAUGUGGUAUCUGCUACCGUGGCCUUUGACGCAGUUUCUCCUCCCGGAACACCUGCAGUUACCCGGCAUUUUUUUAAUAUUGACGAUCAUUAUUGCGAAGAUGUAUUACCAGUGGAUACGACAUGUUCGGGUACAGUGGAAGAACGGCGAGUUUACAGCGAUUGUACGACUAUUUAAUCAACUCAGAACAGCAGCUGCGCAAGUUAACAAUGAAUCAGGUGAAAAAGAUUCCCUUGUGGGUAUAGCGGCUUCGGUGCCUCGCAGUUGAUUGUCGACAGCAGUCAGUAUUUCGAAUGUAAAUUUCAUAUUAACCGACUAACACGGUAUUCUCAGUUUCCCCCGACCCAAGUAUCGAACAGCUACGGUUUCGUUCGAGCUUCGUGCGUUUCUCGAAUACCUACCGGUACGGGUGUAAUGGAAUAACGUUAUCGUGCGACCCAGGAAGUCUAUAAUCGAUGUCCUUAACUACAAACUGUUUUCGUGUAUUUGAUGUUUUAACGGUUGGAACAACGU